AUGGCAGAGGUGACAGCAGAGGAGGUGGAAAAGUUCCUGGACUCCAAUAUUGGUUUUGCCAAACGCUACUACCAACUGCGCUACCAGGCAAAGGUCGUGGCCGACCUCCUCAGACCCGGGGAGGCUGCUGUGGAACUCAGCCACUACCACCCCCUGAGCAGUGUGGAGGAGAGCGAAAUCAUAUUCGACCUCCUGCGGGACUUUCAGGAAAAUAUACAGACCGAGAAAUGCAUUUUCAACGUCAUGAAGAAGCUGUGUUUCCUCCUGCAGGCGGAUCGCAUGAGCCUCUUCAUGCACAGGGCCCGGAAUGGCAUCGGGGAGCUGGCCACACGGCUCUUCAACGUGCACAAGGAUGCGGGCCUCGAGGACUGCCUGGUGAUGCCCGACUCGGAGAUCGUCUUCCCUCUGGACAUGGGUGUGGUGGGUCAUGUCGCACACUCGAAAAAGAUGGUCAAUGUCUCCAACACCGCAGAGGAUGAGCAUUUCUGUGACUUCGUGGACAACCUCACUGAGUACCAGACCAAGAACAUCUUGGCUUCCCCCAUAAUGAAUGGGAAGGAUGUGGUGGCUAUAAUCAUGGCUGUGAAUAAAGUGGAGGGACCCCACUUCACCGAAAGAGAUGAGGAGAUUCUUCUCAAGUACCUAAAUUUUGCAAAUCUGAUCAUGAAGGUGUAUCAUCUGAGUUACCUGCACAAUUGUGAGACUCGGCGUGGCCAGAUACUGCUCUGGUCGGGGAGCAAAGUCUUUGAAGAGCUUACUGAUAUUGAGAGACAGUUUCACAAAGCCCUGUACACGGUUCGAGCCUUUCUCAACUGUGACAGAUACUCUGUGGGGCUCUUGGACAUGACCAAGCAGAAGGAAUUUUUUGAUGUGUGGCCAGUCCUAAUGGGGGAAGUUCCACCCUACUCGGGUCCUAGGACUCCAGAUGGAAGGGAAAUCAACUUUUACAAGGUCAUUGACUACAUCUUGCAUGGCAAAGAAGAUAUUAAAGUAAUACCGAAUCCACCCCCUGACCACUGGGCUUUAGUAAGCGGUCUGCCCACAUAUGUUGCCCAGAAUGGCCUGAUUUGCAAUGUCAUGAAUGCUCCCGCAGAGGACUUCUUUGCAUUCCAGAAAGAGCCUCUGGAUGAGUCUGGGUGGAUGAUUAAAAAUGUCCUCUCUAUGCCAAUUGUGAACAAGAAGGAAGAAAUUGUUGGAGUGGCUACCUUUUAUAAUCGCAAGGACGGGAAACCCUUUGAUGAAAUGGAUGAGACCCUCAUGGAGUCCUUGACUCAAUUCCUGGGCUGGUCUGUCUUAAAUCCUGACACCUAUGAAUCAAUGAACAAACUUGAAAACAGGAAGGAUAUUUUCCAGGACAUGGUAAAAUACCAUGUGAAGUGUGACAAUGAAGAGAUUCAGAAAAUCUUGAAAACCAGAGAGGUGUAUGGAAAGGAGCCGUGGGAGUGUGAGGAAGAGGAGCUGGCUGAGAUCCUGCAAGCAGAGCUACCUGAUGCAGAGAAAUAUGAAAUUAAUAAAUUCCACUUCAGCGACUUGCCCCUGACAGAACUGGAGCUGGUGAAGUGUGGGAUACAGAUGUAUUAUGAGCUCAAAGUGGUGGAUAAAUUUCACAUUCCUCAGGAGGCCCUGGUGCGCUUCAUGUACUCCCUGAGCAAGGGCUACCGCAGGAUCACCUACCACAACUGGCGGCACGGCUUCAACGUGGGGCAGACCAUGUUCUCCCUUCUGGUGACAGGAAAGCUGAAGCGAUACUUCACAGACCUGGAGGCCUUGGCCAUGGUCACCGCUGCCUUCUGCCAUGACAUUGACCACAGGGGCACCAACAACCUCUACCAGAUGAAAUCCCAGAACCCGCUGGCUAAGCUGCAUGGAUCAUCCAUCUUGGAAAGACACCACUUGGAGUUUGGAAAAACAUUGCUGAGAGAUGAGGGCCUGAAUAUCUUUCAAAACCUCAAUCGCAGGCAGCACGAGCAUGCCAUCCAUAUGAUGGACAUUGCCAUCAUCGCUACAGAUCUCGCCUUAUAUUUCAAGAAGAGGACAAUGUUCCAAAAGAUCGUGGAUCAGUCUAAGACAUACGAAACCGAACAGGAGUGGACGCAGUACAUGAUGCUGGAGCAGACCCGCAAGGAAAUUGUUAUGGCCAUGAUGAUGACUGCCUGUGAUCUCUCAGCCAUCACCAAGCCCUGGGAGGUGCAGAGCAAGGUGGCUCAGCUGGUUGCUGCUGAAUUCUGGGAGCAAGGUGACCUGGAGCGCACGGUGCUACAACAGAACCCCAUUCCCAUGAUGGACAGAAACAAGGCAGAUGAGCUCCCCAAGCUUCAGGUCGGUUUCAUAGACUUCGUCUGCACCUUCGUGUACAAGGAAUUCUCCCGCUUCCAUGAGGAGAUCACUCCCAUGCUGGACGGGAUCACCAACAACCGCAAGGAGUGGAAGGCGCUGGCAGACGAGUAUGACGAGAGGAUGAAGACGCUGGAGGAGGAAAAGCAGAAACAGCAGGCAGCCAAGCAAGUAACCUCCGGGAACCAGUCUGGUGGGAGCCCUGGUCCAGUAGGGGGCGCUCCUGCAUCCAAGUCCUGCUGCAUCCAGUAG